AUGACAAACCUUCAGCCGCCCAAGACAGUUAAAGAUAUCAGAAGCUUCCUAGGACAUGCUGGGUUCUACAGGAGGUUCAUUAAAGAUUUCUCACAGAUAGCAAGGCCGCUAACACGCCUAUUAUGCAAGGAUAUUAACUUUGAGUUCACAGAGGAGUGUCACAAGGCUUUCACUAAGAUCAAAGAUGCAUUGGUCAGUGCGCCAGUGGUUCAACCUCCAAACUGGGAACUACCUUUUGAGAUAAUGUGUGAUGCAAGUGAUUAUGCAGUAGGAGCAGUGCUUGGACAAAGAAAAGACAAGAAGCUACAUGUGAUCUACUAUGCCAGCAGAACACUUGAUGAGGCACAAUGCAAAUGCCAAGAAGAUUGCUUGAGAUGGAUACUACUAUUGCAAGAAUUUGAUCUUGAGAUCAAGGAUAGAAGAGGAGCAGAUAAUGGAGUAGCUGAUCAUCUUUCAAGGAUGAGAGUUGAAGAAAAUCUACCCCUUGAUGAUAGGCUACCUGAAGAAACAGUUUAUGCAGCUGAAGCUAGCAAUAAGCAUGGACAACUAGGCCAUCACAGGCCAGGAACAAAGAUCUCAUCAUCAAACACACCAUGGUUUCGCCACAUAGCAAACUUCCUUGCAGCUGAAUACCCACCACCAAACUUCUUUGGCUACAGAAAGAAGAAGUUUCUGCGUGAUGUAAGAAGGUACUACUGGGAUGAACCUUACUUAUACAAGAAAUGUUCAGAUGGAAUGUUUAGAAGAUGCAUACCAGAGGAAGAGGUAGAAGGAAUAUUGUUUGCUUGUCAUAGUUCUAGUUAUGCAGGCCACUUUGCCACUUACAAGACAGUAUCCAAGGUCCUACAAGCUGGAUUUUGGUGGCCAACUAUGUUUAAGGAUGCUCAUGCAUUCAUAUCAAGAUGUGAUGCUUGCCAAAGAAUGGGAAAUAUAAGCAAGAGGAAUGAGAUGCCACAGAACUUUAUACUAGAAGUUGAAGUUUUUGAUGUUUGGGGCAUUGACUUUAUGGGACCCUUCCCAACCUCUUUUGGUGACCAAUACAUUCUAGUGGCAGUUGAUUAUGUCUCCAAAUGGGUGGAAGCCAUUGCCAGCCCUACUAAUGAUGCACAAGUGGUCAUCAAGAUGUUUAAAUCCAUCAUUUUUCCAAGGUUUGGAGUGCCUAGGAUAGUCAUAAGUGAUGGAGGUUCACAUUUCAUCAACAGAAUCUUUGCCAACCUUUUGAAGAAGCAUGGAGUUACUCACAAAGUUGCCUCUCCUUACCACCCCCAAACUAGUGGACAAGUUGAGAUCUCAAACAGAGAACUCAAGAGCAUACUUCAGAAGACAACAGGCAAGACAAGAAAGGAUUGGAGUGCCAAACUAGAUGAUGCUCUAUGGGCAUA